AUGGCAGGAGCAAACCCUGAAGGUGUUGCUUGGUUUCCUCGAGCAGCUUUGAAAUGCUGGGAAUUCGACCCAGACGAUGCCAAACAGUUCUAUAGUCAUAUCCUACUUGAGAUAGUUUCCAACAGUUCUGUUGAUGAAGGCUUCUUUGCCCCAAACAUUCCUUGUCAGGACAUCAACCGCUUAGGAAGACAGAUUCUCACUAGCAUUGCACGGAAGACUUAUGUCCGUUGCCAAUACAUGAACGCCAUGGCCGGUAGCACUUGCAUGGGUACCAAACGACAAGAUUCUGUCGGUGGUACCGAUGCCUACUUUGAAAUUAGCGAUCAGAGCGGAAAGAAUCAGGUUGGGCUUUGGCCAUGCCUCAUUCCUACGCUCGACGAACAGUUUCCCUGGGUAGAUUUGUCUUAUCCACUGAGAUGUAUCUAUAUCCCGCUAUGUCAAGAAGCGCAUAAGAGAUACCCUGAUCGGUGCACGUACACUCGGGUGGAAUUACGUCUUAGUAGUCCGACCCUAAAGAUCUACAGAUAUAUCAAGCUCGACGAGGAAGAACUUAUCAGAGGGAAGUAUAAUCUUGUUAACCGCGAAAGGGACUACCUCAAACAGAUCGACACUCUUAACAGGGGUAUUGAUGGCCAGAAAAUGAGAGAAAAAGAUGGACACACGCUUAAAUCGGAGUUGACAAAAUUGGCACACCAGCUUGAGCAUAAAACCCCGACAACAAAGCUCCCAAUUACCAAGGAACCUGGUGUCUUUUGCGCCGAGAAAAGGAGAGAACAAGGAAUAUUCGGUGAUGACUUUGAGGUGGUAGGUAGCAAAGUCUUGCAGCGAGAUGAUACCUUUGGGUGGAAAUUUCUGCCUCAAUACACGGCCCGGGUUGAUAUCAGAUCUCUUGCAAGUAUGCUUGCAAUUCCCGCUCAAUUACGAAAAGAGGAGUUUCAAGACCCUUAUCAAUUCAUCGCCCUUUUCGAUUCCAAAUCCGUCGUUGCAAAACAACCAACUCACAUUCGAUGGAUGAAUCAAGCAGGUCUCAUUCAACUUGACAGGUUGAUCAGCAGCCAAUAUGGCAUUUCUGUUACUUAUCAAGGAAAUGGGUACGACAAAGAUUGGAUUGUCAAGUGCCUCAUGGGUAUUGUGGCUGUUGGUCUCAGUUGCAUUCCGAUGAUUGGACCUUUAGUUGCCUUGGGAUCUCAAUUGAUCACAGAUGCUAUCUUAGACCCAGAGUCUUUCACAACUGCACAAGGACUUGUUGCCAAAAUACCAAAUAUUACUACAGCCUUUGUUGCGACUGGGCAAAACACGAAAGGUUUCCUCGCUGAAAUGAAAACUGGGAAAUCAGGAAGUCGACAUGUUCUAGCUUUGGAGAGUGACGAUAAUCAAGGUAGGUCAAUUCAGGUUGGACCCGAUGCUAGUGAUAGAGGCGGAACAAGUGGUAAAAGUGAUAAAAAGGUUGAUACGUUGAUCAACAAGGAUACUUUUGAGAUUUUCAACGAUGAGCCUGAGUCCAGUGAGGAUCUGGAUAAUCCAGAAAGCAAAAGUGAUAGUGGUGAAGCGGUGAAAGAAGAAGGCGAGGGGGAGGAAACCGAUGGGAAAGAGGGGAGUGGAAUUGAUGGAGAUAAUACUUCUGAGGGUGGGGCCAAGGAUGGCCCAGAAAAGGAGGCAGAAGGUAGCGACGAAAAAAAUGAGGGAGAAGAGGGAACAGAGAGAAGUCAAGAUGAGGGUGGGAGUGGAGCGGAUGCCGUUGUUGAUCAAGAUGAUGCAAGCGGCAAAGAUAUUCCGGAGGGAGAUGAAAUCCCUAAGAGCGAGGCUUCUGAAGAAGACCUUAAAAGUGAGGAUGAUGGUGGAGAAAGAGAUGACAAUAAUGAAGAAGUGGACGAUGGAAAAAAUCGGGAAGCUGAAGAUGGAGGAAGUGAAGAUCAAAACAAUUCGUAUAACGGAGACAAGGGGGCAGUUGGGGAGGCCGAUGACUCAAAAAGCGAGAACGGCCAGAACGGCCAGAACGAAGAGAAUAAUGAUGAUGGUGAGGAUGGUGGAAAAGGUGUGGAUGAAACAGGGGAAGCGAGCGAAGUUGAAAAUGGCUCGGAUAGCGACAACAAUGGAAAGGACGAGGCGAGUGGAGAUGCUGAUCAAGAAAUCGGAGAAGGGGGUUCCGAUUCUGCCGGCAACCAGGAGAAUCAAGAAGUGAACGCUGGCGAUAAAAGCGAAGGGGAAGGCAAGUUAGAAAGCGGGGAUUAUGGAAGUGAUAGAGAUGGUGAAGAGAAUGAUGCAGAAACCAAGAAUGUUGACCAAGAUGACAAAGAUGGAAAUGAUACUCAAGAAAGAGAUUCAGGAGAUAACAACGAUGAGGAGGGAAGUGAUCAAGAGAACCAACAGGCAGGUAUCGGACAGAAGAUUGAUCAAGAGGAGGACGAUAAUCAGAGUCAAGAAGAAGGUACUGGAGGGAAGAAUGACGAAACCAAUCAAAUAGAUGGGGAAAACGAGGGAAGUGUUGAAGAAGAUGAUGGCAAAGGAGAUGGAAAGGAGGAUGAUAAUACUCGACAAGACUUGGGCGAGCAAAACGACGAGAAAGAAGAUCCAACGGGUUCAACCGAGCAAAGUGAUGAUGUAGAAGGAGACAAUCCAGAAGGAGAUGACCCAGAAGGACAUAAUCCAGAUUCAGAUGACGCGGAUGAACACGAUCAAACAGAGGACAAUAAUUCGGCAAUUGAUUUGGAAGGAGGGAAUGAAAGUGAUCAAAAAGAUGAAGGAGACAGGAACGAAAAUGAAAAUCAAGGGGCAGCUGAUGAAAAUGGUCAAGGGAGUGACGAAGGAGAUGAUCAGGAAGGAAGCGAAGAAAGAAAGGAGAAUGAAGAUACUCAAGAGAAACAAGGAGAGGGCAGCCAGGAUGACGAUGGGGGUGGAGACAAUCAAGAUGGGGAUGAAGCAAACGAGAAAGAUACAGAAGGGAACAACGCGGACCGAGAUAAACCGGAGGAAAAUCAGAAAGAAAAUGAUGAUGUUGAUACUGAAGCGGGAGACGAGGGAAAAGAUGAUACGAAAGAUCAAGGGGACAGCCAAGUGGAUGAUUUUCAGGGGGGGGAUGACCAAGGAGGAGAUAAUCAAGGGAAUGGCCAAGCGGGGGAUAAUCCAGAUGGAAAUGAAGAAGGUGGGAACAGAGAUGGGGGAGAUGGGGGAGAUGGAGAAGAUAGUAGUGGUGAAAAUGAUCAAGGAGGGAAUGAUGAUGGUGAGAAAGACGAUGGCGAAAACAAUGAUCGUGGAAAUGAUGGCGGCAACGCUGAUGGGAAUGACGAUGGUGGAAAUGACGUUGGUGAGAACAGCAACACUGGGAACAGCGAUAUUGAGAACAACAAUGGUGGGAAUGACGAUGGUGGAAAUGACGUUGGUGAGAACAGCAACACUGGGAACAGCGAUAUUGAGAACAACAAUGGUGGGAAUGACGAUAAUGGGAACGACGAUUGUGGUGGAAAUGACAAUGGGAAUGAUAGUGGGGAUGACGAUGGAAAUAAUGGUGAAAACAAGGGCGGUGAUAGAAAUGACGAAGGUGGAGACGAUUAA